AUGGCAAUCCUCGAUACCGUGCCCGGCCUCGUUGUCACCAUUGACGUUGCCGGACUUGAUCUGCCCGAAUACGCCGAUACGGAUCAAGAAGACCCUCAUCCGAAUGCAAACAGUGCGUACGUUGUAGCCGAAUCCGGUGCACAGUUUGGGAUCGCCACUCGCUUCGAUGCUGCACAGUUCCCUUAUCAGGGCGGAGAUGUCGAGAUGCAACUGUCUCUCGACGGCAAGCCUAUCGGUCUUUGGACGCAGAGGUGGUCGCGCGAUAUACAAACGGGAACACGGCGGGUUGUGAGCACGUUGACCUCCAAGCGUCAAGGCUAUGAUGUGGUUGAAUCGUUCUCGUUUGCCGAGCUGCAUAUCAGCGAGGGCGAGGCGGACAUGAAGCUGUGGGGCAAGCUCGGUGAACUGGGUACAGUGUGCGUAGACUUCUGGCGGAUCCGUGAAGAAGUGAGCAACAUACCCACGCCGGCGCAACCACUACCAACGCCCCGUUCCACUGGACGCAAGCACCGAGGGCGUGGCAAUAAACAGCAAAAGUCAUCGGGAAACCAGAACGCGAACAUGAACCCGCCGGACGUGUCGACGCCCCUUCUCGCUGAGGAUGAAGUACCGGAAAAGAAUUUCAAAGGGCGUGCGAUCUCCCACCAGGCCAAACUCUCAAUCACGAAGGCGACGUUACGGCAAUCACGGUCUUCGAAUUCAGCACCCAAAGUUCAAAGGUAUUGGGUGCGCCUGGACACCAAUCCCUUCGCCAGCUUUGUCUUCAAGUACCGAUCUCGCCAAGCGCUUCAACAGCUUCACAUCGUUCCACGCACGCCGACUCCCGUUCCUCUGGAAGAAAGGCCUAUCGAAGAGCUCACGUCCGAUGAAAUGAGGGAGUUGCUCAAGAGGCAAAGGGAGACCGAUGCACGGAAAGCCAGCAUGGCGAGAAUCAAGAAGGAAAAGCGCGAGCGUCAGAGCGAUGGCGAAGAGGAAGACGACGAAGGAGAGAUCGAAAUCAGCGAGGUCAGGGCCAGCAAAGCAGCAAAGCGCGAGGGACCUGGGCCGAAUAUCGAGAUCGUCGACCUAUCUGACCGUCGUUUGGCAGGCUCUAGCCCUGCAACGACCAUCCUGAUCAUAUCGAACGUUGCUUUGACAUCUCAUCUCACCAAACGUCUUUUCUGUCGACGACAAGGCUGCGAAUUCAGAAAGACGAGCUUCCCCAACCUCUCCAUGCAGCCGAGGCGCGCCACGCUUCCCCUUGGUGUCAACUUCGGAGCAGCGCUUCAACACAACCAGCUCGAACACAAACAUGACUUGGAAAUGUUGACCGCUAUGGCGAACCCUCCCACUCUGGAUGCCAUCGACCCUGAAGCCUUCAACAGCCUGCUCGAGCAGUAUCCCAACAUCGUUCCCGACAAACUUCACGCGCUGGACGAACAACGCUACGACACCAUCCCUCAGGCCAUUCGUGACCGCGAUGGCCCCUCAUGCCUCACGAAGGAAGAACUCGUCACUUUAGUUGAAUGGAAGCUAUCCCAUGGAAAGUUUCGUCCAGCAUUGAAAGGCCUAGCUCAACAAAACACUGAAGAGAGCGUGGCGAAUACCACCAAAGAGGGUUACGAAGCCUUCACGGGCUCCACUGACUCCGUCAAACCCAGUCUCAACGCUCUGACCAAGCUGAGAGGCAUUGGUCCAGCCACCGCCUCCCUGCUGCUGUCUGUGUUUGACCCAUCCGUGGCACCAUUUUUCUCGGAUGAGCUGUUUCGCUGGAGCUUCUUCGAGUCAGGCAAGGGCAAAGGCUGGGAUCGGGAGAUCAAGUACAACAUGAAGGAGUACCUUCAGCUCUUCGACAGAGUACAAGAUUUACAAGGCCGUUUGCAGAAGCAUGGUCGGCACGAGACGAGCGCUGUGGAGAUUGAAAAGGUUGCAUACGUACUUGGCAAGCAAGCUCUGCAUGGAGUCGGUGAUAAGACUCCACAAGAAACCACUCAGGGGACCUAA